AUGAAAACCGCAGCCCAAAACCGAAGCCGGUUCAUGAGAAUCAUCUCUGCACCAAUAAGGGUCCUCUGUAAGGCUCGGGACCUCUAUGUUCAGACCCUAUCCGACUACGCAGACAGGGUUGGGUACGGCAACAUGGGAUGCCCGGGCGGGCCCUACCCCGCCCUUCCAAGGAGCUUCAGCACCGCCUCGUCUAGGUCCAAUGACGAGGACGACCUGAGGGAGCUCAUCAGGGCAGCUUCCGCCAGAAGCUUUGGUGGCCGGAUAGAUGUGGAAGCGAUCCUGCAGAGGCAGAACUCUGGAGCGGUGAUCAGGAAACCGAGCCAACUUGGACCCAGGGUGCUGCCUAAGAGCUCUAGCGUGGGGAUGGGAAGGAUUGAGGAGGACGCGCCUUGUGACUUCAGUCGGAAUGGGGCAGAUGUGAUGCUGCUGUAUCCGAGAAGCCGAAGUUGUGCCGUGGCAAGGAGGGUGGGAUGGGGGAUAGAAACCAAGAAGCAAGCACACCAAUGA